GGCCUGAGGAUGUGGCAGCAGACCUUCUGUCUUAUUCUGUCGGUGAUCAUCACAGGGUCUUUUUCAGUCUCUGGGGACAUGACGGUUUCUCCGGUGGUCUUCGUCCCCAGAGGAGAAGACGCCAUCCUCAGCUGCUCCUUCACUCAUUCCAGACAACAGGACUACUCAGGGAAGAUCGCUGUCAAAUGGCUCGCGAGAGAAUCAAACGCUCUUCCGUUCAUCAUCUGUACAGUUAAGAAUGACUCCACGGAGGGACUCUGCUCGGUUCCUGAGUUAAAACAUUCCCUGCUGGGAGAUCCUCGAUGGGGGGAGCUGUCCCUCCUCAUCAGGAGGGUCCAUCUGAGUGAUAAUGGGACGUACUUCUGCAGGGUGGAGCUGGACGGUUGGAGGAAUUCCUUUCAAAAGGGGACACAGCUUUAUGUGACAGUUAAACCCCAGAUCCUGAACCUCUCUGUGGUGGAGUCACACUCCGGCUCAGACAGCGCCUCCCGCAGGCUGCGCUGUGAGGUGGAGGGCCACCCACUGCCCACCGUCACCUGGCUGUCAGCCUCCAGGGGCCUGUUGAAGGACCAGGUCCAGACCUCUACGGUCAGCCCGUACCAGCUGGUCAGCACCGUGCCGUACCUGGAGGAGGAUGUGUUCACCUGCAGGGUGGAGAACAUGGUGGGUGGAGCAGAGCGGAGGUAUCCAGCCAGUUAUACUCUGAUGAUAACAGCUCUGACUGUGUGUGGCCUCGUCGUGCUGCUGCUGCUGUGUGCAGGAUUCAUCGUCUGCAGGAGGAACAGAGCUCGUGUUGAGUCGCCUCCUGUUUAUGAAAACACGACUGCAGUGGAGAAUCAUCACCUGCACGAGUCCGACUGUCCCGUUGAGGGCGACGUUGAGCUUCAGCUGGUUUACUCCGCUGUCAGUAUGACCAACUCCACUUCCUCUCAACAUAAGAGUUUGAGAAGCUCCUCACAGCAGCAGCAGCAGCAGCAGCAGGAGCCAGGUGUCAUCUACUCUCCUGUGAACAUUCAGUCGAGAGUGAGAUGUGAGGGAAAUUCUCGUCUCUGAAGAAGUGACAGACUCGGUGUGAGGAAUCAAGUCUCUUAAAUGAAUGCAGCAUGGAGAGAAGACCCAAGUGUUCUCUGCCAACCUUCAGAGUGUACAGACUUUUAUACCAGACUGAAACUCUGACCCCAGUUUGCACCCACAAGCUGCACUUGUAAAGGAGAUUGCCCCCCAUAAAACAGGUUUACCAGCACAGGAAACUUUCCUAAACGAAAGGACAUGACGAGAAAGGAAAUCAGCCCCCAAUACAGACUCCUGGAUAAUUGCCACAUAAGACUGUUUGCAGAUAUUCAUUUGUGGAGUAUGUGGAGUCUUGUAUAAAAACAUUCAGUCUUGUUUGUGUUGUAAUCCUGUGCCUUCCCCAAAUUAAAUGGGAAAA